UUCUCUCCAAUUCGAACACCAUCAGCACCGCGCCAUCAUCGCUGCAGCAUACAGCCUAGCACCAUGGUGAAGCUACAAAAUGGGUUUACGAAGGCCAAAAGAACUCUCCUUAUGCCAGUGAUGAGGAGCCCAACUGAUCCUGCAGCAUACAGCCGGGCGGCAUGGUGGGCUGCAGCAACAGCAGUCGUGGCGGUCGUUCCCUUCACUUCACCUUCCUGCACACCACCCGAUCCACCUGAGCCCUCCACGCCUACUGCAGCAGCAACAGUGGCAAGAGAAGCUUCAGAAAGUGCUCUCUCAGGCGCCUUGCCAUGA